GCGCGCCGGCCAGAGGAGGCCGAGCUCCUCGCGCUCGCCCUGGACGCCCUCGUCGCGGAGGCCGAGGAGCGCACGCCCGAGGGCGCGGCGCCGGACGAGGUGCAGCUCGUCUACGACAGCAUUCACGACAUGGUCAACGACCUUCUCUUGAACCGCGACUUCAAUCACCAGGGGCCCUGCCUGAUGGUGGCCGGUACCCGCCCGGGCGGGGCCGCCGCCCUGGCCGGCCUGCAGUUCGGCUCGACGCUGGUGCAGCAGACGGGCCCCCAGGAGUUGAGCAUCUCCGCCCCGAUGCCUGGGUCGCCUGGCCAGACGUACGCGGAGUGGGGUUCGCUGGCAGGUGUCUGGCUGGAUAUGCACGCGCCCGCCGACACAACGAUCGAGGUGCAGUUUGACGGGAGGCCGUUCGGCUUCUCGUGGACGCAGGAGCAGAGCCACAUUGUCAUUCGCGAGGUGAAGCUGAGCAGCAGGGCGAUGAUGCACAAGGUGUGCAAGGGCAUGGUGAUAUGCAGCAUGGCGUUGCCAGAUGGAAAUGUUAUUCAAUCUAGUGCGCAGCUGGUGGAGGCGCUGCGGGGCAACGCGGCGCCGGCGAGGGUGACGUUCGGGUGGCGCGCGACGCGGAAG